AUGUGUAAUAUUGAGGAACCGAUAUUGGUUAAAGAGCAAGCAACUUUAUCGACUGGUAAAAAGUGUAUAAAAUGUAAGGUAGCUAAUGCUACGAUAUUAAUACGAUAUUCUACUUAUUGCAAAUCAUGUUUUCAACAUGUUUUCGUGGGAAAAUUUCGAAAAAAUCUCGAAAAAUCACGCGUAACUCAUUCUGGUUCCGAUGAAAAGGCAAUGGUCGCGCUAUCAGGAGGCCCUUCAUCAAGGUGCUUGCUUCAACUAUUGCGUGACUAUUGCGAACCAUUACCACAUGAAAUAUCAAAGAAAUCCAUUUUUAACGAGGUCAAAAUCUGUCAUGUUGAUGAAAGCGUUGCAAUAUUCGAUGAUCAAGAAAAGGAGAAGGAAAAUAGCACACUACACAAAGUAGAAUUGAUAGCUAGAAAAUAUAAUUACGAAUUUAUAGGACUGAGAUUAGAAGAGAUUUUUUCGCCCGAAUAUACAUCUAUUGGAUUCUAUGAUAAUGUUAUUGAAGUUACAUUUGAUGAUUCUAAAAGAACUCAAGCAAAAGAAUUACUUUCUAGAAUCUAUACCCAAAGUUCUUUAUCAAAUCGCGAAAAAUUGAAGUCUCUUCUUGGCGCCAUAUCAAGUCUUACGUCCAAAGAAGAAUUGCUGUGGCAUUUUAAAUUGUGUUUAUUGAUGCAAAUGGCUCACGUGAUAAUAUUAAGACCAAUGAAGGAUAUGCUUUCCAAAGAAAUCGGUAUUUACAAUCGAUUCACUGGGCUUGUCGAUGAUAUAGUAGUUACUCCUACGUUGACUUCUAUGAUGCCUGCAAAAUCUAGCAUCGAGAAAUUAACCGAAGAUUUUAUUGUUGGAUUAGAAAAAGAUUACCCAUCAACAGUCAGCACAAUUGCAAGAACUGGUGCAAAAUUAAAACCGUCGAAUUUGAUUAAUUUGGAAUGGAGUUGCGCUGUUUGUAUGAUGCCUUACAAGGAAGGAAUCAAAAACUGGCAAAGCCGUAUAACAGUUCACAUGAAGCAAUCUCCACUUCCUUCUCAAUCACCAUUCGCAUCACCUUCGCAAAAAUCGACUCCUAUGGAUUAUCAUAAUUCAUCAUGCCAAUGCGCAUCAAAUGGUAGUUGUUGUGCAGCAAACAACAUAUCAGAUCAACAAUAUAAUCAUCACAAACAAUUGCAACGGCCAAAUCUUGAAAUAUCAGAUACAUUAUGCUAUGCAUGUCUUGUUAACAUGCGUGACAUCAAAAGCAUUGUUGAAUUUCCACCAUAUGUAGCUGAAGCUAUCGUACAAAAAAUACAAAAGGCCACAAACGCCACCGUAACCAUAUCACCAACGCGUCUGAAAUCAAAAUUUUUCGCCACGGCAGAACUUUAUAGUCACAAAUCCUUAAAGACCGAUUACGUCGGAAUACCUGAUAAAAUAUCAAAUUUACGACCGAUCAAAUAUUACAUACCCGAAAAUGAAUCCCCACAGGAUAUCGAAUGGCGACUACACAGGGAACGCGUUGAUCAAUUAAACCACCAAUUUUGGACAAUCAACAACAAAUUAUUCAUCGAUGAGAAACAAGAAUACGAAGAUCAAAUCAAAUUAAAAACCGGCAGAAAACCAACUCCAGCAGAGAUGUCAAUUUUCUACAAAGAUUUUCUGGAUAAAGCGUACGAUCGUCAAAUGGCUUAUAAUAAACAGUGGUGGAAAGAAAACAUCGGAAUGCUAGUACCCGGUGGAAAAGCUGCUAUUCGCAAUUUUAGGAUUUGGAUGCCAAAAAGAUUGCGCACUCGAAUUUCUUUUUUCGAGAAGAAUGCGUCGUCAUGA